GCAGUACGGCGCUGAUAUGAGAUGCACACCCGGCUGCAGGGUGGUAUCUCCGGGCGCGGGGCGAUGACGUGAGGCGGCGGCAGACUGCCUCCUCUAUGGGCUGGAUGGUGUCUCCCUGGCCGGCACAGAGGGCUCCGUAGCGGCGACAUAAACCCUCUGUGGUGCCCCCAUCAUCCCAUCCCUUCUCUGCAGACCAUCUGAGGUGCCUCCGUCAUCCCAUGUCUUCACCUGAAUGAGUGCUGAGGAACUGCAGACAAUAGACACAGAGCGAUCUAGUACCGCUUAUACUAUACACCAUCCGGAAUACAUUGCACAGUUAGAGACCUGGGUGGACUCAUGAAUAAUCCAGCGCUCAGCAAUUUAAUUCAAUGUCUUGUCUGGAUUGUUCCUGCCUGAGACGGACGCCGGUGAAAGCAAUAAGCCAGCAUAAGGAGUCCUCUAGCAGCAUCUAUCCACACUGGGCAGGGGAGCUGCCUCAGUGCUGGAUUCCUGCUGUCGCUGGAGGGAAUGACAUGCCAGUGCCAUCCCACGCAGCCUCCAGCUAUGAGCUCCAAGAGGAACUGGGGAAAGGUUUCAGUGAUCUCACUACAAUCUACCUCGCUCGGCACAUCCCCACGGGGACCCCGGUGACAGUGCGUCUCACAGACCUGGAUGACUGUUCCGAUCAACACCUCAGGUUCUUACAGGAUGAAGUGGUUAUGUCCCCUAUGUUCCGCCAUCCUAACAUCAUGUUCUCUUGGAAGAUGUUUACUGUGGGGACCUGGCUUUGGGUUGUUAACCCUUUCAUGGCAUACGGUUCUGCUAGCAGCCUCCUGAAGACCUAUUACCCCGAGGGAAUGAGUGAGGCUCUAAUAGCAAACAUUCUGUAUGGGACGUUAAAGGGAUUACAUUACCUGCAUCAGAACGGAUACAUUCACAGAAGUGUGAAGGGCAGCCACAUCCUGGUCUCCGGGGAAGGUCUGGUCUCACUGUCUGCACUUGGCCAUCUGUACAGUACGGUGAGGAGCAGUGAGAGAGCCAAGGUGGCCUAUGACUUCCCUCAGUUCAGCACCGCAGGGCUUCCGUGGCUGAGUCCUGAGCUCCUGAGACAGGAUCUCCAUGGGUACAAUGUGAAGUCAGACAUCUACAGCCUUGGAAUCACUGCCUGUGAAUUAGCUACGGGGCGAGUACCAUUCACAGACAUGCACCGCACUCAGAUGCUGCUACAGAAGCUGAAAGGUCCCCCUCAGAAUCCUCUGUAUGGUAACACCUUUCCAAGCGAUGAAUCGCCCAUGAAGAUUUCCCGUUCUGGCGUAGAUUCCGGUAUUGGAGAGAGUGUGGUCGCUGCAAGUAUGACGCAUACCAUGACUAGCGACCGGCUGAGAACUCCCUCCCCACGGAAAUUCUCAUCCGCCCUGCAGAACCUGGUGGAGAUCUGUCUACAGCAGGAUCCAGAUAAAAGGCCGUCAGCUGGGACUCUGCUGUCUCAUCCCUUCUUCAGGCCGGCAAGAGAGCAGACACCGGGCUCCAUACUCUCACUGCUGCCCCAUGUGGCACAAAGGUGGAAGCACAGCUCGGCCGGCUUACUGCCGACACAUCAGAACAAUUGCAGUAAGGCGACGGCUGAAGAUAAAGAAUGGACAUUUUAAUAAUACGGUUUUCUGUAAGACGCGGAGUAUCCUUUUUUGUUUUUGCCUUAAAUAUGAAAUCUGGUGAACAGUCCGAGGGCUUUAGUGUAUAUGUAAGUUUUUAUAUAAAUAUAUAUUUUUGUUUAUGCUGGGAGAGCGUAAUGUGAAUAUUCAGACAUUGCACUUACAGACCGCACAGGAAUGAACGCUGCGCAAUAUUAAGGCUUUUCUAUUAUAUAUAUUAUAGAUGUAGAGGUUUGAUUUCUCUUGUGUUGCUGACGCCAUCAUUGAGGUAAUUGCUCAGUAAGUGUUAGUGUGACAGGUGUGACUAUUGGGCUGUUGUUGUGUUGCAGACAUUGUGUAUAGCACAGAAAGCCCCUGGUAUGCCGACUGACGGGAUCCCGGCGCACAGUAUACCGGCGCCGGGAUCCCGGCAGCCGGCAUACCGACACUUAUUCUCCCUCGUGGGGUCUACGACCCCCCUGGUGGAGAAUAAAAUAGUGUGGCGCACGUAGUGUGUGCGCUCGCCACACUGUCUGUAAGCCAGUGGUCGGGCUCCCGGCGCCGGUAUGCUGGUCGCCGGGAGCCCGACCGCCGGCAUAUCGUAGUGAACCCCCUGUAACAUGCCAGGUGCAGACCACCAAGCUUGUGUCUCCGUAAUGCUGGGGAAACCAGUGACCAGUCUGUACCUGCAUAUCGUAUUCGGAAAGUGGUGCUGAGUUGCCCCAUCUGUGUAUAGGAAGAGGCGCUGCAGCGACCGGACUCGUAGCAGAAGUCAUAGACGUCGCUUCAUCUAUCACAGAUCACGAGGUGUUAAUGUGCGCCGUUCCCUACACACUAAUCGCACAUGGAUGGGAAUAAGCGUGUUAGUAACAGCGACACACACCGCUCCCUUCUCCGGCCAGUCCUGCGCGCUGUCUUACUACAUUACCGCCAGUGUGUCCCAGUACAGGUCUGCACAUUAUAUAGGAGCGGUAACUAUUGAGUUUGCUAUUGAUACUACAGCAUUCACUGAAAAAGGGUCCCAAGGAAACCGGUAACCCAUGUCAUACAACCCGGGACCCCAGCAUUGCGAGAGCCCGUAUCUGCCAGUGUCCGCAGACUGGGGUGGGCUGCCUGGGGUCAGCACAAGGGAGGGUCAGCGCAGCAGCUGGCAGAGAGCUGGGCUCCAUGGGACAGCAGACUGGGUCGGUGCCGCAGUGAGAACGGGGCAGAUCGGGGAAUAAUCUGGGUCGGUGCCGCAGUGAGAACGGGGCAGAUCGGGGAAUAAUCCGGGUCGGUGCCGCAGUGAGAACGGGGCAGAUCGGGGAAUAAUCCGGGUCGGUGCGCAGUGAGAACGGGGCAGACCCGGGAAUAAUCCGGGUCGGUGCCGCAGUGAGAACGGGGCAGAUCGGGAAUAAUCCGGGUCGGUGCCGCAGUGAGAACGGGGCAGAUCGGGGAAUAAUCCGGAUCGGUGCCGCAGUGAGAACGGGCAGACCCGGGAAUAAUCCGGGUCGGUGCCGCAGUGAGAACGGGGCAGAUCGGGGAAUAAUCCGGGUCAGUGCCGCAGUGAGAACGGGGCAGAUCGGGGAAUAAUCCGGGUCAGUGCCGCAGUGAGAACGGGGCAGAUCCGGGAAUAAUCCGGGUCAGUGCCGCAGUGAGUACGGGGCAGAUCGGGGAAUAAUCCUGGGUCAGUGCCGCAGUGAGAACGGGGCAGAUCGGGGAAUAAUCCGGGUCAGUGCCGCAGUGAGAACGGGGCAGAUCGGGAAUAAUCCGGGUCAGUGCCGCAGUGAGAACGGGGCAGAUCGGGGAAUAAUCCGGGUCGGUGCCGCAGUGAGAACGGGGCAGAUCGGGGAAUAAUCCGGGUCAGUGCCGCAGUGAGAACGGGGCAGAUCGGGGAAUAAUCCGGGUCAGUGCCGCAGUGAGAACGGGGCAGAUCGGGAAUAAUCCGGGUCAGUGCCGCAGUGAGAACAGGGCAGAUCGGGGAAUAAUCCGGGUCGGUGCCGCAGUGAGAACGGGCAGAUCCGGGAAUAAUCCGGGUCGGUUGCCGCAGUGAGAACGGGGCAGAUCCAGAAUAAUCAGGGUCGGUGCCGCAGUGAGAACGGGGCAGAUCGGGGAAUAAUCCGGGUCGGUGCCGCAGUGAGAACGGGCAGAUCGGGGAAUAAUCCGGGUCGGUGCCGCAGUGAGAACGGGACAGAUCGGGGGAAUAAUCCGGGUCGGUGCUGCAGUGAAAACGGGGCAGACCCGGGAUAAUCCGGGUCGGUGCCGCAGUGAGAACGGGGCAGAUCGGGGAAUAAUCCGGGUCGGUGCUGCAGUGAGAACGGGGCAGAUCGGGGUAAUAAUCCGGGUCGGUGCUGCAGUGAGAACGGGGCAGAUCGGGGAAUAAUCCGGGUCGGCUGCUGCAGUGAAAACGGGGCAGACCCGGGAAUAAUCCGGGUCGGUGCCGCAGUGAGAACGGGGCAGAUCGGGGAAUAAUCCUGGGUCGGUGCUGCAGUGAGAACAGGGCAGAUCGGGGAAUAAUCCGGGUCGGUGCUGCAGUGAGAACGGGGCAGAUCGGGGAAUAAUCCGGGUCGGUGCGCAGUGAGAACGGGGCAGAUCCGGGAAUAAUCUGGGUCAGUGCCGCAGUGUGAAACGGGGCAGAUCGGGGAAUAAUCCGGGUCGGUGCCGCAGUGAGAACGGGGCAGAUCGGGGAAUAAUCCGGGUCGGUGCUGCAGUGAGAACGGGGCAGAUCGGGGAAUAAUCCGGGUCGGUGCCGCAGUGAAAACGGGGCAGACCCGGGAAUAAUCCGGGUCAGUGCCGCAGUGGGAACAGGUGAGUCCCACCUUGGAACAGUGUUCCAAAUCCCAGGUCGGACCGGGAUUUUAGUGGAAUAUUGGUAUGAGCAUCUCUUCAGUAAAACCUAUGUGGUUAGUCACUGGGAGGUCUCCUUCAGAUGCAGCAGAAUUACUCCCUCUGUCGUUAUGGUGCAGAGCUGCAGAGAACCUCUUACCACCUAUAGCACUAAGGGCGACAUUUACUAAGCAGUGAUAAAGGUGGAGAAGUGAGCCAGUGGAGAAGCUGCCCAUGGCAACCAAUCAAAAGUGACGUAACAUUUAGAAUUUGGCAUACUAUAAAAGUAUACCAAGCAACUUCUUCACUUUUAUCACUGCUUAGUACAUGUCCCCCUUAUUUCUGUGUCUUAUUACUCACUGUUACUUCAGGAGUGCGCUUCCCACCAUACACGUCUGCCCUAUGAAAUAGUGUAUAUAACACAUUCAUUGGGAGCCAGCACUGAGACGCAGAGUGUAAAACAGACGGUGACCCCCAGAUGGAUGAAGAGACAUGCUUUUAUUGGUGAAUACCAUACAUCCUCUCCGCUAACAUCGGGGGGAUGCUUAGACAAUGCUGAUGCCCCUGAGGGAGGGUGCAAAUAGCUAUGGCUGCACACAAGUCUUUAAGCCUAAAGCUGGCAUAUGUCGUUACAAAAACAUAAAACUUGUAGAACUUUGUAGAUGUUUGAAUAGAGGACUCAGCGGCCACUUUGCACAUCUGCUCCACCAAGUCACCAUGUCAUACCACCCAGAAAGCAUGCAGCAUUGUAGUAGAAUGGGCCACCGAGAUCAGCCCCUUCCAAAACAUACACCCACCAUGGUCCAUCUGCCCACCGACACUGGUUAGUCUCACUUGUGUAUAUCAAAGAGCACCAGGGCGCUGGUUGUGUUAUGGAAAGGAGUGGUUCUGUGCACCAAGAUCUACAAAGCGUGGACAGGGUCAAGAAAUUCCAGUGUCUGAGGCAGGAUCCAGCCCAGAGCAGGGAUCACAAUAUCUUGCUUCAUUGGAGGCCUUCUGUUGGAAUUAAGGUCUGGUACGCAGGAUGAAAAUAACAGAUACUGGCCGCUGACGCAGCAACCUGCUGGGCCGAAAAAAUGACCAGGAAUAAACUUUCCAUGUCAGAAACCUCAGAUCCAUGGGACAAGCAGGAGAAUAUCAUACGGUUGGAUAUGAAGAACCACCGGACGUAAUGCUAUAACUGCAGGGCUGCCGGACAGCUUCUGUUGAAAGUAGAGAUAUGCGGAUCGAAUUUGGCUUGGAUAUUCCCACCAAAUUCGGAUUGCAAAGCGUCUAUUGGUGCCAAAGCGUCAUUUUUGUCCAUGGAAGAUGUUUUCCUGCCAAAAUGUCAUUUUCCAUUGCCACAAAAUGACGUUUUGGUGCCAAAAGUUGACAUUUUGGAAUCUGAAUUUGGCGGGAAAAGCAGAGCCAAAGCCAAACUGCAUAUCUCUAGCUGAAAGAAUAUGGAAAGCGCCAAACCUGCACCUUCAGGGAAGUCGGCUUCAUACCGCUGUCCAAGCCGUCCUGCAAGUAUGAAAACAGGAAGCUAGUUGGAACGAAGAUGUAAGUACCACUUCCUUUCACACAUGGAUAUGUACAUCCUCCAAAUGCAUAGAAGAUGCUGGUUUUCAGUCCUUAGUCAUGGUCUCAAGCCUGUACUGGUACCGAAUCCCUGCCGCUUCCCAUAAAGUGGCACCUUAUGUUCUGUCAACAGAUCAUCAAGGGCAGCACGGAUGGUGUAAUGGUUCGCACUGCUGCCUCAUAGCGCUAAGGUCAUGGGUUCAAUUCCAACCAUGACCCCAACUGUGUGGAGUUUGUAUAUUCUCCCCGUACUUGCGUGGGUUUCCUCUGGGUACUCCGGUUUCCUCCCACAAUCCAAAAAUAUAUUGGUAGGAUAAUUGGCUCCUGAUAGAAAUUAACACAGCUGUGUGUGUAGAUGGGCAGACUAGAUGGGCCAAGUGGUUCUUAUCUGCCGUCGCAUUCUGUGUUUCUUAGUUCACCACCGAAUGAACAGACCUCUUCCGGGGAUGAAUUGUGGUCCAGCUUAGAAAAUUGGCUUCCCAGUUUUCCGCUUCCUAAGAUGAAGGCUGCAGAUAUCAGUGGCAGCUUCUUUUCAUGCACAACGAGAUCUUUUCAGGUCCAGAUUGUGUCCACUGAGCCCCCAAAGGAAGGACUGAGGGGUUGUCAGUGAGAACAUGAACACUUGAGUGGUCAGGUAAGGAUUGGAUUGAAACCAGUAGGCGAGAAAUUACAGUACAAGUGUAAAUGCCCGAACAGGGUGCCUUCAAAGUAGGAAACCAUCUUGCCUCACCACUCCACACAGAGACACUUGUUUUGAAAGAGAACUUUUUGCCCGAUAGGAUCAUCUACCUACCUAUAUUCAUGCUGUGAUGGGAUUUGGCUGAACUCUGCAGAGUUGACCACCCAACCAUGCUGUUCUAACGUCUCUGUACUCAGUGAUAUAUGGGCCCUAGGAAGAUGAUCUGGCCUUAAUAAUUUCAUUACUGGAUGAUCUUCGGGUCACAUUAUCACCCCUUUCGACCGCAGCAAUGCCACCAUAGCCUUGGUAAGGACCCUCAGAUCAGUGACCACACCACGAAUUGUAGAGCCCUGUAUUGUAAUGGGAUGCUGUGGUGACCCUCCUAGAUUAGUUAUCCAUAUCCGAUGAGACCCUCAUGUUAUCGAGACCUACUGCAUGGAACGGACUCAGGGCGAUCCACCACCAGCUAGUAUGGGGAGAGCGAUUCAUAGAAGCAUGGGAAGCUCCGAUUUCCACAAUGCUGUCCACUCCUGAUGUCAGCCUGUCCACAGAGCUUGGAGGGUACACUGGCACAGUCCUGAAGGUGAGGGCAACAGCUCCUGUGCAGAUGACUGUCUGCAGCCUCUAGCCGGGGCAUCAGCAGAGGGGAAGUGCACACCAAGCCUGUCGCAGUAAGGUCCAGCAAUGGGGAGCCAGUGGCAGACGUGUGCUCCAAACCUGCCCCCCACCAAUGGAGCACAAGAGCACAGCUGCCAGGCAGCAAUAAGAGCAGUGACACAUGACCCAGCACGCUGGCCGUGUUCUGCACAAUGGUAAGGAUCCCAGCGUGACUGCUGCAUGGG